GUAAGUUUGAUAGAUAUCAAAUUAUGUGAGGGUUAGGGUUUGGGCUGCUUUUUAUUUUACAACUUAAUAGAUUUUGAUUGGCGUGGCUAGUUGCUGCAAAUCUACCUAGAAAGUCUGCCAUCUACUCACUGCCACUUUUGACAUUGGAACCAUCACACUAAAUAUUCACACCAAGAAAACCCGCCUCUUAGCCACCCUCAACUCCAGUUUGACAACCUCCCUUGAAAUGCUAUGCAACGCAUCACCUCUGCCAUCAUGACAUCCGCUGCAAAACGCGUGCCCAUCCCCCGAAAGGGUGUUGACUACAGAGGCAAGAUUGUCCUCGCGCCUAUGGUCAGGUCAGGAGAAUUGCCCUCAAGGCUUCUUGCACUGCACUAUGGCGCAGAUCUUGUCUGGGGUAAGUAAUCAUUAAAUUCUAUUUCUCUGCCAUAUUCUAACGCACACAGGCCCCGAAACCGUCGAUAGGUCUAUGAUUGGAACCACUCGCAAGGUCAAUGAAACCUUGAAUACCAUCGACUUUUCCCGCUUCCCCUCAAACGGCGCAAAAGACCCAUCCAAAGACCAAAAAGAGAGUCUGAUCUAUCGUGUACACCCAGAACGUGAAGGAAGCCGUCUUAUAUUUCAAAUCGGUACCUCAGACCCCGAUAGAGCUGUUCAAGCCGCCCGGAUAGUCGCUGGAGAUGUUGCGGGGAUAGACGUAAAUGCAGGAUGUCCAAAACCUUUCAGUACACAUGCUGGAAUGGGAGCAGCACUUUUACAGACACCAGACAAAUUAUGUUCUAUUCUCGAAGCAUUGGUCAAGGAGAUAGUCCCGGAAUUCGAGAUUGGAAUCAGCGUUAAAAUCCGAUUACUGGAAACACCCGAAAAGACGGAAGACUUGGUUCGAAGACUUUGCGCUACUGGCAUUACGGGUCUCACAAUUCACUGUCGAACAACACCUAUGCGUCCCCGAGAAAAGGCUAUUCGAGAACAACUGAGAAUGAUUGCAGAUAUUUGCCGAGAGAAUGGUGUAGCAUGUCUUAUGAAUGGAGAUGUUACGAAUCGAGCAGAAGCAGAACAACUUAUCACAGAAUAUGGAGUAGACGGGGCCAUGAUUGCAACAGCAGCCGAGUCAAAUUCCAGUUGUUUCAGAUCUGAAGCUGAUGGUGGUUUAGCUCCAUGGAAUGAGGUUGUUGAGAGAUAUAUCACUACUUGUAUGAGUGUCGACAAUCGAUGGGGGAACACCAAGUUUUUACUCGCCCAUUUGAUUCCAGGCAAACAGCCCGCACAUCAGAAAGUUUUACACACAAAGAAUCACCAACAAGCUUGCAAAGUCCUUGGAUUCGAUCAUCUUGAAAAAGAAGCGAGGGAAGCUGAUGAACGACUUGGGCUCUUGGAACCCGAGAAAAUGGUGGGGAGAAGAGGGAGGAAAAAUAAGAGUGCUAUUGCCGCUGGUGGCAACCAAGGUAAUAAGCAAGAGAAGAAGAACAAAAAGAAGUUUUCGGAAAGAGGCGUCGAGACUACGGUCAAGAAUACCGUGGAGGGUAUACCUGCGGUGGCUCUCAGCGGGUAAAUCUCAAUACAUUAUAGCUGUUUUCGGUUACUGG